GAAAGCAUUAUUGGGCGUAUAGUUCGAGGAGAGGCCUGAAUGCGGGUGCUCCUUGGUACGGGAGCGCACAGUUGUGUGUGAAAGUUUACGUGAGAGAACUUGUGUGUGUGUGUGUCCAGAACUACACAAACCACCCUGCUCCUGUAAAUCAUAUUAAUGUCUGUGAAUUCCUGUCCUCUGGCGGACAAGAUGUGAGUGAAACGGAAAUCGAUAGGGGAGGAUCCUCGCGGGAGCAGGCUUUAUACAAUCUGUUUAACCCUCGCACUGCUCCUGUCCCAUGCACAUGGUUGAAGGACCGGAACUCGUUUUUUACCUACUAUAUUAGGGUACUAAUUUAUCAUUCUCAGCACUGUCGAAAAAGACCAGGAAAAGAGAAGUGAGAGGAACAUAAAAGUUUUCCAAAACGAGAGGACUGAGUGAACGGCAUAGGGCGACCGGGGCCAGGGCUCCUUGCUGAUCCGGUGUAAAUAUGACGUUUCUGUUCGGUUCUGCUCGCGCUCUGAACGCUGUUCUGAUCAAAGACAACCCGGGAUAAUAGAACAAUACUCCAGGGACCUCAACACACACACACACACACACACACACACACACACACACACACACACACCACAGAGCGCGCGGCACAGCACAAACCAAUCCAGCAUGACAGCGCGAGCAGCAGCGGAGGAGCUCACCACAGACGGGCAACAGACCUCUUCAUCAGCAUGAGAUGAGGUCUAGAGACUUGUUAAUAAAGUUGUAUCGGUCAUUCAUUUAUCCAGCCACACUUCUACGGCCGCUCGGUCGGCACCUUCAGCAGAGGAGCACCAAAUAUAAGACAGAAGAAGACGCACGGUGCUGGGAACUACAGCACUUGUGAAAAGAAGACACUCCUGUCAGGGGAAAGUUGUGCGCAGCACCGGAGCUGGGGGAUACCUAUUUGGAAACGGACAGACGACGCACUGCGAGGACAGCAAGCGGUGUUGUGUGUAUUGGAGUGUGUGUGUGUGUCUAGUUGGAGUGUGUAUUGUAGUGAGGGAGUGUGUGUGUGUGUAGUUGAAACGAUUAAAAGGUGUUUAAUCCUGGAACACGCAGCAGCGGGAUCGGCUUCUGUUUCACCUGGAACCCGCGAGUCAACAACACAACUCAGGGUAGUGCAAGGUGACUCUGCGAGGGGAAGGCGUGCUCCCCCGGGGGGUAGGAGCGAUGAGCGCCCUGCGUAUCCCGGUCCUACUGGCGCUGCUGGUCCUCCUGCUGACUGCUGGCUUCUGUAAACAGAGCUUCCUGGACGUGAGCAAAGGGGCGCGGACGGACGGACACAACCUCCUUGAGCUCAUCAUGGACAAGGUGCGUCUGACUCGGCAACAGGACGAGGUACACGUCCGCUUUCCCGCCAAAAAACAGGAGUUCACCUUGGAGACCAAGGAGGGGAAUGAAGUGAACAAGUCUCACCAUGGAGAACACAUCAUAGAGGUGUUCCCCAGAGACCUGAGACAAAAAGAAAAGUUCCUCAAACACCUAACAGGUCCUCUAUUCUUUAACCCAAGGUGUAGGAAACACUUCUAUAGACUAUACCACAACACCAGAGACUGUACCAUCCCUGCCUACUAUAAGAGGUGUGCCCGUCUUCUCACCAGACUGGCAGGCAGUCAGAGGUGUACAGAGAGGUAGAAUACCCUGAGCCCAUGAAAGAGAGAAGUGCCUUGAAAAGCAACGGGUAAUUGAGAUUGUUGGUUACGUUCGCACCACAGACUGCCACUGUUUGCAGAGAGCUCACACAAUACUCGACUCUACAUUCUAAACGGUGCAAAUGAAGAGACUUGUUGGACUGAAGAAAAUACAUCCUCAUAGUUCUACUGCCAAAAACCAUGACGACACAACACGUGGAUACUAGUUUGGAUACUAGUUUACGACACUUGGAUUAUAUUUUUCGUACAACAUGCCACUCUCUGGGACUGCUUCAGUGGUCAUCGACAUGCCUUCACGUUUUAAUUUGAGUUUUUAAUCAUUUUGCUUUUGGAUUACGGUUGGAGAUUGGACGGUGGUCUCUGAGCUGCGGUGGUUGUGUGUUGUGGUCAGUGGCUUCAGACUGAAAUAUAGACAGUAGUCUUGAUCUUCUCUUCAGCUACAUUCCACAAAAGUGAACUAAUCUAAUCCCCAAUGAAAUGACUGAUUGAUCACCUGGUGAUAAUCUAAACCCUGAUGGAAUGACUGACUGGUAGCCUGGAGGUCUGCAACAGGACUCUCAUGCUACCUCAGCAGGUAUACUCUGCCCUACUGCAGAAAGUCAACUCUGACAUUUUGGACAUUAUGGACACUGCAUGAAGACUAGUGUUGCAAAAUUCUGGUCAUUUUCCUCAAAUUCCCUUCGUUUUCCAGAAAUCCUGUUUGGAAGAUUGCUGGAAUCAAGCAGGAAAUCUGCGAUUCAUCCAAACAGUUACAGGAAUUUUUCAACCCCAAUGAGGACCAAUCUGAAUUCACUGACUAUUCUCUACUACAUGCUAAACCUACACAGUGUACUACAGGCUAAAUCUACACAGUGUACUACUGGCUAAACCUACACAGUGUACUACAGGCUACACCUACACAGUGUACUACAUGCUAAACCUACACAGUGUACGACAGGCUAAAUCUACACAGUGUACUACUGGCUAAACCUACACAGUGUACUUCUGGCUAAACCUACUGGUGCAAAGUAGAUCACUUGCUAGAGAAUAGGGUGUAGUUUGGGACUCAUCUCAGUUUGCAUCUUAGUCUCUGAAAUAAACCUAAAGAAGCGAACGAUUAUGGCCACCACAGCUCACACCUUGAUGGAGAAACCAACUGUCUAAACAUGAAUGUGUCACGUCAUAUAUAUACAUAUAUAUUUAUAUAUUCAACAAAUUGUCUUUUUUUUUGCACAUUGUGUGUAUAGUUACCUUCUAGUGUGUACUAUGUAAAUAUUGUAAAUACUAAAUAUAUAUGAAGUGUAUAUAUAUAGUGCCAGUCAAAAGUUUGGACACACCAACUCAUUCAAUUGUUUUUCUUUAUUUUAUUUGCUAUUUUCUACAUUAUAGACAUCAGAACUAUGAAAUAACACAUAUGGAAUCAUGUAGUAACAACAAAAAAGUAUUAAACAAAUUAAAAUAUAUUUUAGAUUUGAGAUACUUCAACGUAGCCACCCUUUGCCACGAUGACAGCUUUGCUGGCAUUGUCUCAACCACCUGGAAUACUUUUCCAACAGUCUAGGAGGAGUUCCCACAUAUGCUGAGCACUUGUUGACUGCUUCAUGAGGUAGUCACCUGGAAUGCAUUUAAAUGAAAACUUCUUUGGUAUCGGUGUCCCGUCCAUGCUAACGGUUGAGGUUGUCUUUGUUAAAUAUAAUUCCUUCUUAAUGCGUUUGAGCCAAUCAGUUGUGUUGUGUCAAGGUAGGGGUGGUAUACAGAAGAUAGCCUUAUUUGGUAAAAUACAUAUUAUGGCAAGAACAGCUCAAAUAAGAGAAAUGACAGUCCAUCAUUACUUUAAGACAUGAAGGUCAGUCAAUCCGAGAACAUUUAAAAAAAACUUGUGUUGUUGCAAAACCCAUCAAGUGCUAUGAUGAAACUGGCUCUCAUGAGGACAGCCACAGGAAAGGAAGACCCAGAGUUACCUCUGCUACAGAGGAUAAGUUCAUUAGAGUUACCUGGCUCUCAUGAGGACCGCCACAGGAGAGGAAGACCCAGAGUUAACUCUGCUACAGAGGAUAAAUUCAUUAGAGUUACCUGGCUGUCAUGAGGACCGCCACAGGAAAGGAAGACCCAGAGUUACCCCUGCUGCAGAGGAUAAAUUCAUUAGAGUUACCUGGCUGUCAUGAGGACCGCCACAGGAGAGGAAGACCCAGAGUUAACUCUGCUACAGAGGAUAAACUCAUUAGAGUUACCUGGCUGUCAUGAGGACCGCCACAGGAAAGGAAGACCCAGAGUUACCCCUGCUGCAGAGGAUAAAUUCAUUAGAGUUACCUGGCUGUCAUGAGGACCGCCACAGGAAAGGAAGACCCAGAGUUACCCCUGCUGCAGAGGAUAAAUUCAUUAGAGUUACCUGGCUGUCAUGAGGACCGCCACAGGAAAGGAAGACCCAGAGUUACCCCUGCUGCAGAGGAUAAAUUCAUUAGAGUUACCUGGCUGUCAUGAGGACCGCCACAGGGAAGGAAGACCCAGAGAUACCCCUGCUGCAGAGGAUACGUGUAUUAGAGUUACCAGCCUCAGAAGUUGCAGCCCAAAUAAAUGCUUCACAGAAUUAAAGUAACAGACACAUCUCAACAUCAACUGUUCAGAGGAGACUGGGUGAAUCAGACCUUCAUGAACAAAUUGCUGCAAAGAAACCACUACUAAAGGACACCAAUAAUAAGAAGAGACUUGCUUGGCCCAAGAAACACAAGCAAUUGACAUUAGACAGGUGAAAAUCUGUCCUUUGGUCUGAUGAGUGCAAAUUUGAGAUUUUUGGUUCCAACUUCCAUGUUUUUGUGAGACACAGAAUAUGUGAAUGGAUGGUCUCUGAAUGUGUAGUUCCCACUAUGAAGCAUGGAAGAGGCACACUUUGAAUUUAAGGCACACUUAACCAGCAUGGCUACUGCAGCAUUCUGCAGUGAUACACCCUCCCAUCUGGUUCGCGCUUAGUGGGACUAUCAUUCAUUUUUCAACAGGACAAUGACCCAAAACACACCUCCAGGUUGUGUAAGGGCUAUUUGACCAAGAAGGAGAGUGAUGGUGCUGCAUCAGAUGACCUGGUCUCCACAAUCACCUGACCUCAACCCAACUGAGAUGGUUUGGGAUGAGUUGAACCACAGAGUGAAGGAAAAACAGCCAACAAGUGCUCAGAAUAUGUGGGAACUCCUUCAAGACUGUUGGAAAAGUAAUCCAUGUGAAUCUGGUUGAGAGAAUGCCAAGAGUGUGCAAAGCUGUCAUCAAGGCAAAGGCUGGCUACUUUGAAGAAUCUAAAAUACAAAAUAUGGUUGAUUUGUUUUACACUUUACUACAUGGUUACUACAUGGUUACUACAUGGAUUCCAUAUGUAUCAUUUCAUAGUUUUGAUGUUCUUCAGUAUUAAAGAAAAAACAUUGAAUGAGUAGGUAUGUCCAAACGUUUGACUGGUACUGCAUAUAUUAAUGUGUUUGGUAAAUAACAUUAAGUAACUUGACCAUAAUGAAAACCUUAGUGAAAUAUAUUUACAUGCAAUAUAUGCUGAGACUGGUACUUUGAGAUGUGUGUGUGGGGAUGGGGGUUAGUGGGACCCUUUUUCAGCGUGAAACUCAUCAAAAUGAAACCACACCACAUCACACUGCACACACACACACACACACACACACACACACACACACACACACACACACACACACACACACACACACACACACACACACACACACACACACACACACACACACA